GGUGGUGGUGGUGAAAGAUCUUGAUUGGGGCGAGUGAGACCGGGGUGGUUGUCAUGAUGCGGCGUAGGGUCCAGCGCCGGGGUGGUUGCUGAUGCCGUGAUUGGGUUUGGGUUUUCUUUCAAAGUGAUAUACUAGAUCUCAUCUCAUCGGCCAGGGAUGAGAUUUGAGGGGGAGGCAGACCUUGUGCGGAGGGCCUGAGGCAGCAGAGCUUCUCUCCGGUCGAUGGCGGCGCCUGCUCUGCCGACGUCGUCGCCGGCACGGCUCGCCGGGGAGCUCCGUGGUUGCUCUCUGGCAUGCUGCUGAUCGGGCAGGGAGGAGGGAGGAAUUCUGCUGCCUUUCCUGUUGUUUUCUUGGGGAGGGAGGAGGAAGAAGGUGGAACCACAACUUGAUCUUUGGUCCCUCAAGUGGCGGCAGCUUUGCCGUGCGAGUAGGAGGAGGAGCGGCACCGGAGAUCUUCGGCUCUCGCAUGGGCUCGUUUGGGAUGGAGUGGAACCAGAGGAGCUCGGUGCUGUGGGACUGGGAGAAUUUCCCGCCGAUAGGCAAUAACCCGAAGAACGCGAUGCAGGCUGAUCCAAGAUUCGCCGGCGUUGCGGCUACCAUGGGGAAUGAACCGCUCCAUUCUUCUGGCGGCAGUGGCACCUUCUCUUCCAGCUCGGAGAUGGGGUAUGGCUCUUCCAAGAGCUCCAUGUCCGUGUCGAUCGAUUCUUCGUCCAGGGCUGGCAACAACAUGGAGUUCAGAUUUGCGCCUGUCAAAAACCCUGACAGGAACACGAGCAAAAACCCUGAGUUGGGUAAAGUUGACAACACGAGGACUGGAACAUCUCCGUCGUCUGUGGUGGCAGUGAGCAGUGGAGAGCCGGUGAUCGGCCUGAAGCUUGGCAAGAGAACUUACUUCGAGGAUGUCUGUGGAGGGCAGAGUGUCAAGAGCUUGCCAUCGGGUGCUGCGAGCGCGCCAAACAAAUCUCCUGCUUUGGGCAAGAAGGCAAAGGCGGAACAACAGAAGCCACAUAACUCAUACUGUCAGGUUGAAGGCUGCAAAGCCGAUCUCUCUUCUGUUAAAGAUUACCAUAGGAAGCACAGGGUCUGUGAACUUCACUCUAAGGCUCCCAAAGUUGUUGUCGCUGGUCUGGAGCGACGCUUUUGCCAACAGUGCAGCCGGUUUCAUGCUUUAGCUGAGUUUGACCAGAAAAAGCGAAGCUGCCGUAGGCGUCUCAAUGAUCAUAAUUCCCGCAGGCGCAAGCCACAGCCAGAAGCAAUUUCUUUCAGUUCAUCAAGGAUGUCUACGAUGUUUUAUGAUGCAAGGCAACAGCCUAAUUUCCUAUUUGGUCAGGCUCCUUAUGUUCAAAUGAGAAGCUGUGGAAGUUCUUCAUGGGAUGACCCAGGAGGCUUCAAAGUUACUCACACAAAAGCUCCUUGGUUAAAGCCAACAACUGCUGCAGGUGUUCAUGGGAUGCAUUUAUCUAGUCAGCAGAUGUCGGACAAUAUUAUGCCGCAUGGUGCACAUCAUGGUUUCGAUGGGUUCAUGGCAUUCAAGGGAACUUGUAUAAAGUUCCCUAAUCAAGGUGUCCAAGCUUCUGCUGUUGCUUCCGACUCCAGUGGAGCCCCGGAUCUUCAGCAUGCUCUCUCUCUUCUGUCAAGCAACCCAGUGGGUGCUGCCAACCUCCAGCCAAGUCCCCAGAUGCACUCUGGGGUGGCAGCCAUUGCCGGCGCCCCCAACCCCGCGAUGCACGUGCUGGGAUCAUCGACGGGGCUCUGGCUAGACGGCGGCCAGCCCCUCGACGAUCACCCGCGGUUCCAGGUCUUCGAGCGCUUGGGGGACCAUGACAGCGAGCUCCAGCUCCCAAAGCCUUCCUACGACCAUGCCUCGCACUUCGACCGGAUGCACUGAUGAUGGCUCCGGUCCACUGGGUGCGUGAUUUUGUCACGCGAUCGACGCCGUUUCUUCGGCCUGAAACUCGGAAUGCUGAAUUUACUUUGCUUUGACGCCGUUGCCUGCCUAGAGGCCUAAGGUUUUGGCAAUGCCUAGAAUAAAGGCGCACAAGAACAGACUUAGGAUCAAAUCGACCCAGUUGUGUUGCCAUGGAAAAAGAUUUUGAUCCAUCAUUAGCCAUUUGUCUGAAUAAUUCUGAACUUGCUAUGUUUCUGAAUGGCUUCUCCAACUGUAA